GAGGCUCAGCCUGAUGCGUGCGGCGCGCUUCAAGCGAACGGUACCGCGUCUAUGGCGCGACUAAGCGCGUUUACGGAUAUGCAGGUGCACCACUCAGCGAAAACAGCAACAAUAAACGUGAUGCAUAAUUAAAAAGCAUCGGCAAUGGAUAUUGAUGAUAUUCUGAGAGAGGCGGACCCCGAGUAUUACUCUACGCCUGGCGAUGAUGGGGAUUUGGAGGCAUUGACCAGGGCAUGGGUAGCUGAACGCUCAGCUCCCGAGUUGUUGGAUUGGCCAUCUAACGGCCUGAUCGAGAGAGCCAAUGAGAAGAUUCAAAGGCAAAUCGAGAAGGUCGAAGUCAUGACCGGCGAUAUGGACCCCAAGACAAAUUUUGGUCUCAUUAUCAUCCAAACAGAACUGGAGAGGUGGAAGUACUUGGUGCGGGGAUUUUUGAGAGCAAGGCUUGCCAAGAUUGACAAGCACACACUUCACUAUCUAUCUUCGCCCUCUCUUAGAUCACGGCUCUCGCCGUCGGAGAUCUCAUUUGCGACACGCCAUCAAGCUCUUCUCCACGAGCAUUAUCUUUCGUCUUUCUUGCAGUCAUUUCCUCCCCAAUUGAGGAAUCUAGAUGAUACUGCGGGUGGAAUCAGUAUGGUCGACGCUCCUGAACUUGACACAGCAGUCUUUAUCAGGGCCCUGAAGGACUGUCUUGUUGGAACCCAAGGGGGAAAUGCAGAAGAUAUGGUGGAUGCUUUAGCUGGAGAAGUGCUGAUUGCCAGGUGGGCGGAUGUGAAACCUUUGGUGCUGAGCGGGGAUGCGGAACUUGUUUGACCCAAAUGAAUUUCGAUGCCUCCAAGAAAGGAGCAGCAUGCGAUUCCUGCAGUGGUUAUGAUAUAUUGUUCUCAGAUGCUGCCUAUAAGCGGGUUGUUUGAUCACGUUUUGAGCAGGAAGGUACUAUUCAAUGCGGCGGGCCAAGGAGAUUAGACUCUGGUCUCCACGUUGUAGUUUGAGAUGGGCUAAAUAUAUCAAAGGAUUUGGAGCCCUGGCCUUAAUCGGACAGAAUAAACUGGCACUGUUACGGAACACGUCAAAGGUUGGAAUGCCGGCGGGCAAUGUGAGCCAGAUCACGAGUUUUGAGUUUAAGGCGUUGAGAGAGUUAUGGGGGAUGACCAGUUAACGAGAUCAAGAUAUACGGCUGUUAUUGUUUGUCAAUGUAGCCAGCUUGUAAAGAGACCUACUUGCGUUAUGAGCUGGCAGUAUAUGGAAAGACUAUAGAAUGAAUAAAAGUAUAUUGGAAAACUACAG